AUGUCGAAAGAAAAUAACAACGAUUAUUCAACCGACGAAGGAGUUGUUAAAGAUGAACUUUAUGAACGUGUUGUGGAACAUGGAGAUGAAGAAUACGAUCCUAAACAAGACAUUGUUGAACAAGACAUUGAAGAACCAGAAGUUGAAGGACAAGACGUUGAAGAACAAGAAGUUGAAGAACAAGACGUUGAAGAAGAUGAAGAAAUGGACCUCAAUCCAGAUAAAAAUUUGUCACCACCAACUUUACGACCUACAACUUACGCUGUAGGACAAACCGAAGGAUAUUAUUCAGAGGAUACAAAUGAACUUGGAGGCGGACCUGAAUUGAUUGCCGAAGCUAAUGAUCGGGAUGAUAAAGAUGAAUCAAGACAAUUAACUUCUUUAGUUGCAGCAUCCCAUCGAAAGGAUAGACCACCUGAAGCUAAACGUGAAAGUGCAAUUAAGGCAUCAUCAUUAUAUCAAAACCUUACAGGACAACCUUUAGAAAUCAACGAAGGAGGCGAAGUCGUAACAGAUACAAGAAUCAGUGCAGGUUAA